AUGGUGAAGGAUCGGAUGUCGCAUGAGCGGUACAUGCAGUUCAUGGAAGAAGCCGGCAAUCGUCCGGCCUGUAACAAUAAUGAGGAACCAGCAGAACAGCAAAACCGCGGCGACUGGGAGAAAUGGAUGAGGGAACAGCCUAUCAGCGUGCUUCGUCUGGAUCGAACCGAACGGCUCGUCUUGAGAAUUGGAGGUACCAUGUUUUUUAAUGCAAUAUUCAUUAAGGCCAGGGCGAUCGUGAUAUUUGUAGCGACCAAAAAGAGGGAGAAAGGAAAGGCAAAAUCACUGGGCAUGAUGGAAAUUCGAGUGCUUGGGGCGGCUGAAUUUAGCUGA